GACUCCUCACCCUCUUUGCAUAAUCACCGUACCUUAUCACCCCAAAACCGACAAUGAAUGAAUGAAUGAAUGAAUAAAUAAAUAUUCCAAUUUCCAUGAACGUUUCUUUCUUUUCUUUUCUUUUUUAAUAAUAAAAAAAUACCCGUAUUAAACAAGAAAAUACGCUAUAAUUUUUCACUAAAUCCCCUGCACUGCAGUUGAUUUUUUUUAACAUAUUUAAAUCAUGGCGGAGUCAGAGUCACCGGAGAAUCGUAUAGCGGCAAUGGAAAGUACAUCUUCCUCGACGUCAGAUCUCAACUUCUCUAUUCGACGGAGGUCUACAGUCAUGGACUCGGCUUCGACGGAAAUGAUGGGAUCGGAGGGUUUGAAAAGUAGUGGUAAAGCAUGCGAUAAGGUUAAGGUCGAGAAUCAAUCAGAGAUGAAAUUCAAUUAUCGGCCAUCAAUGCCCGCUCAUAGUGGUGUUAGAGAGAGUCCUCUUAGUUCUGAUGCUAUUUUUAAACAAAGUCAUGCAGGUCUCUUCAAUCUCUGUAUAGUAGUGCUUGUGGCUGUAAACAGCAGGCUUAUCAUUGAAAAUUUAAUCAAGUACGGCUGGUUAAUCAAUUCAGGAUUUUGGUUUAGUUCAAAAUCAUUAAGAGACUGGCCCCUGUUUAUGUGCUGUCUUAGUCUUCCAGCAUUCCCUCUCGCGGCCUAUCUCGUUGAGAAGUUGGCAUAUCGAAAUUGUAUAUCUGAACUUGUUGUUGUUUUCCUUCAUAUAAUCAUCACCACAGCAUCACUUUUGUAUCCAGUUUUAGUAAUUCUCAGGUGUGAUUCUGCUUUACUAUCUGGUGGCACAUUGAUGCUUUUUGCUUGCAUUGUGUGGUUGAAAUUGGUAUCUUUUGCACAUACAAGCUCUGAUAUGAGAGCAAUUGCCAAGUCAAUUAAUAAGGAAAAUACCCCAUCAAUUUCUUCGAAUGCAGAUAAUUCUUAUGAUGCUAACUUUAAGAGUUUGGUCUACUUCAUGGUGGCUCCCACAUUAUGUUACCAGUCAAGCUAUCCUCGCUCUGCAUCUGUUCGAAAGGGUUGGGUGGUUCGACAAUUUGUCAAGUUAAUAAUAUUUACUGGAUUCAUGGGAUUUAUCAUAGAACAAUAUAUCAAUCCUAUUGUUCAGAACUCGCAGCACCCUUUGAAAGGAAAUCUCUUGUAUGCCAUUGAGAGGGUCUUGAAGCUCUCGGUUCCUAAUUUAUAUGUUUGGCUCUGCAUGUUCUACUGCUUUUUCCACUUGUGGUUAAAUAUACUUGCUGAGCUCCUUCGCUUUGGUGAUCGGGAGUUCUACAAGGAUUGGUGGAAUGCGAGAACUGUUGAAGAGUACUGGAGAAUGUGGAAUAUGCCAGUUCAUAAGUGGAUGGUUCGCCAUAUCUAUUUUCCAUGUUUACGGAAUAAAAUACCAAAGUGGGCAGCCUUACUUAUUGCCUUCUUUGUCUCAGCUGUAUUUCAUGAGUUGUGUAUUGCUGUUCCUUGCCACAUGUUCAAGCUCUGGGCAUUUAUUGGAAUUAUGUUUCAGGUUCCCUUAGUGGUGAUCACAAAAUUCCUUCAAAAUAAGUUCAAAAGCUCAAUGGUGGGCAAUAUGAUCUUCUGGUUAUUUUUCAGCAUUCUUGGUCAACCUAUGUGUGUGCUUCUAUAUUACCAUGACUUGAUGAAUCGGAAAGGGAAAACUGAAUGAAGAUGACAAAUGCGGUAUGGUAGAGAUCGUCAAGAUGAACAAAAUGCACGGUUAUGAUAGGAGAGCAGGCAUUAGGUGUGCCUUUUCUUAUGUAUUCUGCAGGAGAAAUUGACUCGAUUUUGUUGAGUCGAGAGAUGGUCUCUUCAGGACUUUUAUUUUUAUGUAUCUUAAUUGAUGUGCAAGCAAUUUUGGAAGUACAAGCACUGGCAAUUAAAAUGCCAAUGCAACAGUGGAUCUGUUGUGUUGGUUAAUCAUUUCCAGAAAAUUGUAAAUGUUUCUUGUUCCAUCUUUUGCUUCAAAAGGAAAUAAAAAAAGAAGAAAAUUUCUUGCC